AUGGAAAAAAGGGGCCUCGUUCCCUAUUUUGGGUUCCUUAGGUCAACGCCCCGGCGGUACCUCUGGGUUCGGCUCCAGAUCGGAGGACGAGGGCAAGUCCUCCUCCUCCUCCUCCCUCCUCCUCCUCCUCCUCCUCCUCCUCCUCCUCCUCCUCCUCCUCCUCCUCCUCCUCCUCCUCCUCCUCUCCUACUCUUCCUCCUCCUCCUCCUCCUCCUCAUCCUCCUCCUCCCUUCUAGGUUCGGCUUCAGAUCGGCGGAUGCGGGCAAAUCCCAGGCGCGGAUCGGAUUCAGACGAUCGAGCGCGACAUCCGAGCUCAAUUUCAGGAAGCACGAGUUUGGAGAUCAGGACGUCACCGAGGGGUUCUUCUGCACCUACGUCACGGGCUUCGACGGCCAGAUCAAGCUCAAAGACUACAACCUGAGAAAGGUGAUGGUCUACGGCGGGUUCGCGAGCAUGAUGUGCAAAGGCACCCUGUUCCUGAUGGACCACACCGUUGCGAUGAUGUGUAUACAGCAGAUCUUCAUAGUGUUGGUGGUUGCUGUGCUCGGGCACCACUUGGGGGUCCUGGAGGAGGAGACCUGA